CAGGAUAUAUGCAUGAGUUUAGUCAGUGACAUUCACUUCGCUUGAAUAUCAAGAAGCAAAAAACGAUAGACAAAAACGGGAUGAAGAAAAUUGGAUUAUGUUUGGCGGUAACUGCCUUGAUCUUGAGCAUAAUCGCCUUGUCUCUUGACAAGUGGGAGAUUGUAAUUAAUACGCGGACUUGGGAGAAUUCGCAGAAGGGUCUGUGGAAAGUAUGUGAGAAGGACACGUGUGUUGAACUGCCACACACGAUGGUGCUGAACUUUGUGCGAGGACUCAUGUGCCUGGGGAUGCUACUGCUCGUAGUCAACGUGGUCUUUCAAGGAAUUGGAGCAUUUGUCACGGACCACGACGUGUUGUCGGUUCUCUCAUGUGGUACAGCGUUCUUAGCAGGGACGUUCCUGAUGAGCGCAUUCUCUGUGUAUUGCGACAACAUACUAGGCGCAGAUGGCUGGAAAGCGGGUUCGGGGUUCUACCUCACCGUCGUCACCUGGCUCCUGGCUUGGACCGCAAGCGCUACGGCUGGGUACCAGAAAAGCAAGGCGUAGUCGGUCAACCCGGAAUAAGGGACUGAAAUUUUUGUACAGUGGUUUAUUAUAAACACUGAGUUAUAGGUGGAGAAUAAGAAAUCAAAAUAAAAUUCAAACCUUAA